AUGGAUAAAUUAUAUGGCGAUUAUGAUAAAAUUUAUGAACAGUAUAAGCAAGUGAACAUAUAUAAAAGAAAAACUGAACAAAAUGAGGAAAGUGGAAAAAAUGGAAAAAAUCGAACUAAAAAAGAAAUGAAUGAAAAAACGGCAGGAUCUAAACAAAAGGAUAAAGAAAAAAAGGGAAAUAUUUGUGAACCUAUCGAAGAAGAAUAUUGUAAAUUAAGCAGUGAUCUUAACGUAGUGGAUGAAGUUGAGCAUUUAUUAAAAGAAAGAAAAAAAUAUAAUAAUAAAAAUAACAGAAAUCAUAAAAGCGUUUGCAACAAUAACCAUGAUGAUAACACUUACAGCGAUGUUGAUCUUCAUAACAAUGGUGAUAAUAUUAAUAACAAUGAUUUAAAAGAAAAAUUUUAUAAUGAAUAUAAAAUAAGAAAAAAAAUAAGCAUAGAAAUUAACAAAAAAAUGUACAGUGAUUCGGAAAAUAUGAUCAUAGAAAAAAGCAAACCUUUAUUUCAUAGUAAUAUGGAUGGUAAUGAAAAUAGUUAUGUUUUAAAAAAAAAAAAACUUAAAAAUGAUGAUUACAAAAUAAUAAAAAUAAAACAAAAUAAUAAGGAUAAAGCCAAAUUUUUUAUAAUAUUUUUAUUUGUCAUAUAUUAUAUAUUUUUUUUUUUUCACUAUAUAAUUGAUAUACAAAUAAAUCAAAUAUUUAAUAUAGUUGUUAAUACAUUUAUAGUCAUAAUUAUAACUGCAAUGUUAUGUUAUAUUUAUUUUCUUAAAACAAGAAAUAAAAAACUAAAGAAAAUAAUUUUUUAUAUAACUACAUAUACAAUUUUAUUAUAUUGUCUACAUAUAUUUAACACUGUACUUCAUUGGAUAAAUAUCUAUUUAAAUUUUACAAUGAGUAAAAAAUUAUAUUUAAAAUACAAAACUUUAUAUAAAAAUAUAUCAUUCAUAUUUUCUUAUUUCAGUUUUGAUGAAAUUUUUUUUUUUCUUUUAAUAUUUUAUUCCUCAUUUUUCAUUACAUCCUCUUUACUGUCAUUAUGUUUAUUCUAUUACAUAUACAACUUUAUCAACUAUUCAUUUUGA